GGUCACAGGAGGGGCGGGGCUGGGCCCGGCUGGAGACCCCGGCCGGCGCGCCAAGAGGGCGGGGCCGAGAGCUAGCCUCCGCUCCAGCAGCAGCAGCCAGGACGCGAGCGCCAGGAAGGGGCUUUACCCAGAAUGCCGCUGGACAGCCGGCUCCCCCGCCCCCUCCUCUCCUGCCCACCACUCCUGGCCUUUCCCGGCUCGGUCCCGACCGCCAGGGCACUGACCUGAAGGUCCCGCUGUCCUCGCGCUCCAGCGGCGGAGCCGCAGCGCGAUGCCUGCUUUGAGACAUUGUGAGAAGGGACGGUUUUCCAGCGGGAGGAAGAGCAGUGCGGAGCUACGUUCUCGCUCACCGGGUCGGCCGGUCCCCGAGAGAAGCGAUCCGGCGCCGACGCCGCCACCUCCUCCCCUCCUCCGACACCCCUUCUCCUCCCCUCUUGCGUCCCUCCGGGGGACGGGCGGGGUGGAGCCUCUGUGCAAGAGCACGGUUCCCCGUUCUCGGUUCCCGGCCACGCCCCCUGCUGCCCCAGCUCAGGCGGAGCUCCUCGCCAGCCCCGCCCACCUGCUCUCCAGGCUCUCUAGUGCCCUCCCCGCCCUCCCCGCAGCCCCAGCAGUCCUCAGCUGCAGAUGGUGCCCCGCCUUCUGCCCAGCGGCUUUGAGGAGACCGCAGUUCUGUGUCCUUAAAAGGAGGCUGUUUCCUGCCCAGAGAGGCUAGUCCGCGGGCUUGCAAGCUUCAGAGUCUGAUUGCCUGGCACAAUACUGAUCACACGAAGAGACAUUUUUGGAAACUUUUGUUGUUAACUCUCGAACCCUGGAUACUUGAAAGCAAAGAAAAAAAAAUCCGGAUCUAAUCAAAGUGAUUUAUAUUACUUGAGGCUUGGAAUAAGUCUGUUUUUUCUUCCCUCCCUCCUCCCUCUAUAGAUGUAUAUCUAUACUAUCCAUUGUUAUGUUUUAGUGAAUGUCUUAUUGAAGGUACCACAUAGCCACUACUUCAGAAUAUGUUAACAUCCACAUAGCUAUGGCAAUACAUAAUUUGACUCAGAUUUGUUUCUAAAAUUUACUUUUAGCCGUAAAAUUCCUAAAAAACAAGCCUAGGAGUUCCCGUCGUGGCGCAGUGGUUAACGAAUCCGAC